AUGUCACAGGAAAACGAGGAUUCCCGCUCCGUGGCCGAGAGCCUGCCCGACGAAUCGACCAGUGCCCCUGCGAAACAGUCAUAUCGUUCUUUCAAAAAGAAGUAUGCCAAACUCAAAGUCAAAUUCGAGCUUGGGAUGAAGGAGAGCGAGUCUCUGAUCCGCGAAGAGUUGCGCAUCGAAGAUCUCUCAAAGAGAAUUCAGGAGCAGAACGACCAACUUCUAGAGGUUCUCCUUGAAUUCAAUGAAAGUUUGCACGUCCCAGCGGAUCAGCGAUUUGAUCUCAGUGCGCCGGGAGACUCAUCCUUCCUGCCGACGCCUGAACGAUCGCCGAUGUACGUCGACACCGCGACGGCAAAAUCCAUCUUGAAAGAUGCGAAAGCACAGAUGGCUGCUGGCAGCAUGACACUCGAAGCAUAUCGCACUCUGGAAGACGAUAUCAAACGAGGCAACGCAUUUGCACCGCGCAUGCAUUACACUGCCCUCCAAAAGGUGCCUCAUACGGCGGUGCCGCCCCUAAGACAGGAUUCUUCUACAGAUAUCAGCCUGGAGGAGAAGCUUGGAUAUCUUACUCCGCAGCACGAGACCGAGUAUUACUUGAGCAUGGAUGCAAAGCUCGGUGACGAAGCAGCUGCCCUCGAGCUUAGUCGCAUUCCCGAAAAGCCAUCUUUCGCUGAACGGGAAAGGGAAUUGGCGUUGCGAAACCCGGUCUCCGUCUACAACUGGCUCCGGCGCAAUCAACCGCAUAUUUUCCUGCAGGACCAUGAGAACGCCUCCGAGAAGUCAGGCUCUCGACCAACUAAUGCGCGGGCGUCCAAAAGAGUAACCCAGCCACGCAAAGAGGAGGAGGUUUACGACGAGGACGGCGUCCUAAUGGAUACCGGUCCCACUCCUGGUAGCACCAAAGGCAAGCGCAAGCGCGAUGACGAUACGGGCUAUAGACCCAAAGGUGGCAGCAGCCGUCCCAGCAAGAAAAAGAAGGACGACACGAACUCAAAUGCCAAGCGCACGUCGAAAAGGUCCUCAGGUGUGGGUGCCUGA